CAGUUUUAUUUCAUUCGUCACAAUGAACGGUCACAAUUUGCUUUUAGUUUAUUUUCUUUUGGGUUUUGUUCAAGUUCAAGGUGGAAAUAUUUUAUUUUUGAGUCCAGUACCAUCACCAAGUCAUCAUAUCUUUAACCGCGUAUUAGGAGUGGGUCUUGCUGAGAAAGGUCAUAACGUAACAUUCUUAUCAGCAGAUUUAGAUAAGAGACCAAUACCUAAUCUUCAUUAUGUGCACCUUGAAAAAACUUAUGAGACUAUAAAAGCGGGACAAGAAGAGAUUGAUAUUUUGGCAUUUGCAGAAUUAACAGCAUAUCAAUAUUUAUUUGUAGCCGCAGAUUACUUUGAAUUAGUUUGUACAGGAAAUUUAGCAUCAAAAGGCAUUGAUGAGUUGCUUAAUUAUCCAAAGGACUUUAAGUUCGAUGUUGUUAUUUAUGAUUUCACUUUUGGACCAUGUGUACUCCCAUUGCUUGCAAGAUUCAACUACCCGGUGUUGAUUUCUAUAACAGCAUUCAGCAACCCUCCUUAUACGACUGACCUUGUAGGAGGUCAAAAAUAUCCGGGAUAUCUUCCUCACUACAUGCUUAAUAUUGGUCCGAAGGAAAUGAAUUUGAUGGACCGGAUCAACAAUCAUUUUCUGUUUAUUGUUGAUUGGAUGACUCGUAGAUUUUCCGCAAACACUAAAAUGGAGAAAUUAGCGAGGGAAAAGUUUUCAUUUGAUUUUCCAUCAAUGUCAGCUUUACAGGAAAGAACGGCUUUAAUAUUUGUUAACUCUGAUAACUCGUUUGACCUUGUGGAGCCGUUGGAACCAAACAUGAUUCAAAUUGGAGGUAUGCAGAUAACGCCCCCAAAACCUAUUGCGAAGGAUCUUGAAGAUUUUAUAUCGAGAGGUAAAAAAGGAACAGUUUUGAUGUCUUUGGGGACGAACGUUAAAUCAAAUAUGCUUGGCAAUGAACAUCAAAAACGAAAUUUAAACAAAGCUUUACGAUCGGGGAUGGCAGUGAAAGUUGACUUUACUGAUUUUACUUUAGAAAAUUUCAAAUCAAAGAUCAACACAGUUCUUGAAGAUUCAAAAUAUUCACAAAAAGCUUUACAUAUAUCUAAAUUAUUUAGAGAUAAGCCGCAAAAACCAUUAGAUGUCGCAAUUUGGUGGACUGAGUUUGCGAUGAGAAAUCCAAACCUCGAUCAUAUGAGAUCAAAAACUUUGACUUCAGGAUGGUUUGUAUCAAGAUCCUAUGACGUCAUUUUACUUUUUAUUGUUUUACUUCAUUUGUUUGUUUUUGCAAUAAAAAAAGUGGUGACAUUCAUGAGAUGUAAAUCAAAUAAAAAAACUAAGAAAGAAUGA